AUGUCAACAUGUAUUGCUAAAUCCUCUAGCGGUCCACGCUUAUAUAUACGCUAUAUCUUAACACGGCCGCUGUGUUUUUCCUACGAAAAGAAAAAAAAAGGAGAAAAAGGAACAUUGGUUGUGUUGAGUGAGAAUCAUAUGUGGGCUUCGAGACCGCUUGCAGCUAAGGCUACGGCUACGGCUACGGCUGCAAGUAGAAUUGAAGCAGCUGCAAUCUUAUCUGUGUUAGGUUAUCAAACAGCGUAUGAACAAUUAUCCGAACUGCAGAAUCGAGCUAGCUAUCGGAGAUUGGCAAGAGAUUAG